AUCUGGUCGUCGCCCCACCAACAUCGCGCCACGGCCCGUUGCUCUGCGUUUUCAAGCCCGGGAGGCCGUUUCCAGGCCCCUGGACCGCGAAGCAUCAGCUCAGGAUGGCACGCCGUUGCUUGGGAAGAGGUCGAGGUCCCCAGGGGCCCAGGUCGCAAAACACAUGCGUCGUUCGAGGAGACAGGACUGGCGUGGGUUUCCUGGCGCUCCUCGCGCAAUGCCCGCGGAAGGGGAGCCGCGCUUCGCCCUCGUCGCGCGGUAUCGCCGCUGUGCUGCUCGAGAUGGCCAGCGCCAAUGGGAGACGACAGACUUGCCACCGAGGUGUACAGCUUCUCAAGCUUCCUGGCAUCUCUGGUUGCCCUUGCGGGAUGGCUGGUGUGGGUGAGCGUUCCAGAUGACGUGCUUGUCUCCUGGGGAAUCACGUAUUAUCCCGACAAGUGGUGGGUGCUGGCAGUGCCAACUUACAUCGUGACGCUGGGCGCCUUCAUCACCGUCCGGACGUCGCCGCGAACAUGA